AUGACGUCGGUGUAUGUUUUCCUUGAGAGUAGCUUGCUUGCUUUGCUGCUGCCAGACUCUCGUGGAUGUGAGCUAGCCAAACCCAAGGAUACACCUUUUCUGCUAUUCAAGCGAGAGUUGUACAGAAGUUGACAAUUGUUUCUCUCACAUGCUGGCAAGCACUACAAUCCGACUGCCCCACGUAUUUAACCUGACCAUCCGACAAACACAGUCGCUGAGGUGAAGGGGUCUUGCUGGAAUAUGAAGCGCCAUCGUGGGCAAGAGUAGCACCAAAUCCCUGAGUGUCUUCAUCGUAAUUAGCGGGGCCGUAUGGGAUCUGGUGUUUGAGUGUGUGGUGACUCAGUCAUCACAGUGUGUUACCCCCCUCCUGUAGGUGAGCGGAGGCCGGUUCCUCAUUGGCUGCUUGGUUCGCUGUUUUCUUCCUGUCCUGCCGAGACCCUCCAGCACCCUGGCGAGCCCACCCGCCAUCGCCAUGGCGCCCAAGGACAUCAUGACGAACUCUCAUGCCAAGUCUAUCCUGAACGCCAUGAACUCGCUGCGGAAGAGCAACACGCUGUGUGACAUCACGCUGCGCGUCGAAAGUGCCGACUUCCCCGCCCACCGCAUCGUCCUGGCAGCCUGCAGCGACUACUUCUGCGCCAUGUUCACCAGCGAGCUGUCGGAGAAAGGGAAGUCGUUUGUGGACAUCCAGGGCCUGACCGCGUCCACCAUGGAGAUCCUGCUGGACUUCGUUUACACGGAGACCGUCCUGGUUACCGUGGAGAAUGUGCAGGAGCUCCUGCCUGCAGCCUGUCUUCUGCAGCUCAAAGGGGUCAAGAGGGCAUGCUGCGACUUCCUGAACAGCCAGCUGGACCCGUCGAACUGCCUGGGCAUCCGGGACUUUGCGGAGAUGCACAACUGCCUGGACCUGAUGCAGGCGGCCGAGCUCUUCUCCCAGAAGCACUUCUCUGAGGUGGUGCAGCACGAGGAGUUCAUGCUGCUCUGCCAGAACGAGGUGGAGAAGCUCAUGAAGUGUGACGAGAUCCAGGUGGACUCGGAGGAGCCGGUGUUUGAGGCGGUGGUUAACUGGGUGAAGCACAACCGUAAGGAGAGGGAGCCCUACCUGCCUCACAUGCUGGAACACGUCCGAAUGCCUCUACUCACACCACGCUACAUUACCGACGUUAUCGACUCCGAGCCCCUGAUUCGCUGCAGUCUGCCUUGUAGAGAUUUGGUCGACGAAGCCAAGAAGUUCCACCUGCGGCCUGAGCUACGAAGCGAGAUGCAGGGACCCCGCACACAAGCACGCCUAGGCGCUAAAGAAGUGCUGCUGGUGAUCGGAGGCUUCGGCAGCCAGCAGUCCCCCAUAGACGUAGUGGAGAAGUACGACCCCAAGACACAGGAGUGGAGCUUUCUGCCUAACAUCGCGCGGAAGCGGCGCUACGUGGCGACGGUUGCCCUUAACGACCGCGUGUACGUGAUCGGCGGCUACGACGGGCGCUCGCGGCUCAGCUCGGUGGAGUGCCUGGACUACACGGCGGACGAGGACGGCGUCUGGUACACGGUGGCCACCAUGAACGUGCGCCGCGGCCUGGCCGGAGCCACCACCCUCGGAGACAUGAUCUACGUGGCAGGGGGGUUCGAUGGCAGUCGGAGACACACCAGCAUGGAACGCUAUGACCCCAACAUCGACCAGUGGAGCAUGCUGGGAGAUAUGCAGACGGCCAGAGAGGGCGCCGGACUGGUGGUGGCCAGUGGUCUCAUCUACUGCCUCGGUGGAUAUGACGGGCUGAAUAUUCUGAACUCAGUGGAGCGUUACGACCCCCACACCGGACACUGGACCAGCGUCACACCCAUGUCUGCCAAGCGCUCAGGUGCGGGCGUGGCACUGCUGAAUGACCACAUCUACGUGGUGGGGGGCUUUGACGGGACGUCUCACCUGUCCUCCGUGGAGGUGUACAACAUCCGCACCGACUACUGGACCACCGUGGCUCCCAUGACAACGCCAAGAUGCUACGUAGGGGCCACCGUCCUCCGGGGGAGACUCUACGCCAUCGCAGGCUAUGACGGAAACUCGCUCCUGAGCAGCAUCGAGUGCUACGACCCGGUGAUUGACAGCUGGGAGGUGGUGACGUCCAUGGCCACGCAGCGAUGCGACGCAGGAGUGUGUGUCCUCCGAGAGAAAUGACCUCCCAUGAGCCCCCGUUGAAGACCCCCGCCAGGAGCCCAAUGGGGGGGGGGGUCUGCGACGCAGGAGUGUGUGAAAUAACCCAUGACCCUCCCACUGAAGACCCCCUA